AGAACGAAGUUUGGAAUGGUGGGCGAUGCUCCAUGUUCUGUGGAUGCAUUGAAUGACAAGAACAAGAACAACAUGGUGGCUGCUAGACCUUUGAUAACUUGUCAAGUGGAUUCUCUUCUUUCACUCGAGAACUUCUUGACCGAGUGUGAUGCUUACUGCGCAACAUUUCGACACUAGGAAAGACAACACAUGUAGCAUCUGACUGACUGACAUCUGACACCAGUCAUGUCCACACGGGUGUACAUCAACGUUGACUUGGACCCUUUUUGUGCGGAGUUGGUGUUCCCCAAAGGUCUUAAUGUCGGAGGCUUCGUCUCUCUCAUAUUUGGUCGCUUCACCCAAGAAGCUCCUCGUGGUCCCCAAGACCACGGAGUGCGUCAUAUCUCCCUUCAAUCUGCUUCAAAAGCCCAGUUCGGAACAGAAUUGCCCCUGAAGAAGAAGGUGUUCAUCAGUGUGCCUUAUGGAGAGCGAAAUCCGCUGUGCACACUAAGAGAUGCUCCACUACCCGAUGAUCUUGAGGAUAUCCCGGAUGCGUCCGAUGAAGAAGCUGUAGACGAUGUAAUCCUAGGUUCCAGCAACGGCGAUGGCAGCAACAGGCCUUCCUCAAAACCUGAAGUGGCCUCUCCCAACAUGGUUUCAGGACUGCUGUGUCCGUCUUGCGGGGGUUGGUUUAGCAACACGGAAGUUCUACAGCUACACAAGGCCAUGAGUCAUUCACGAGUCAACUCCAACAAGCCUGUCAGAACAAUGUACGGUUGCAAGAUCUGCAAGAAGACAUACAGCUCUAGCUCUGAGUGCCUGCUGCAUAAGUGGAAACACAAGCCGGAGUCUGAAUGGCCGUUCCAGUGCAAGAACUGCAGCCGUGGCUUCAUCCGCCAGGCAUCCUUUGUGCGUCACCAGCAGACACACAACUUUGAGUGCAAAGAGUGCAACCGUAGUUUCACGACCCAAGAAAGGCUGCAGGAACAUAGCGUGAUACACCAACAAGCACGUGAGACGUUCCUGUGUGUUCACUGCGAGCAGCUCUUCCUAAGCAAGGCUGGCCUGGAACGCCAUGUGUUGAAGUAUCACAAGAAUGUGUCAGCCGUGUCGACUGGUGAGAGAGUUAAUGAAGCUGAUGGUAUGGAUCCAGAAACGGCUCCAGAAAAAGCUGCCAUUCUAAGCUCUAUUCCACUUGAGCUGUCCUGUGACCAGUGCACCUUUGGCUGCUCACAGGCCUCUGAAUUGGCACAGCACGUUGCAUCAAACCACCCGAGUGUACCAAUAUUCAGGUGUAAAAAGUGCGAGCAGCCAUUUCUCAAGGAGGCAGAGUGUGAGGAACACAUGCAGCUUAAGCAUCAGAUGAUUCAUGUGGAGCCCACUUCGGACGGCAACUAUGUGUGUCAUAUCUGCGACCGUGAACUGAAGACGUUCAGCGGCUACUGGGGACAUCUCAGAGGCCACACAAAGGCCAAACCGUUUUUGUGUGAUCAAUGCGGUCACCGUUACACCAGCCGGGGCAGUCUGACCAAGCACAAGCGCACCCACGACUUUGCCAAUGCCACCAAGUGUCCACACUGCUCGAAGGAAUUUGCGACCCUUGAUUAUAUGCGCAAUCACGAGCGACUGGUUCACACGCGCAACUUCAAGUUUUCUUGCCGACUGUGCGGCCACAAGUUCCCGAAUGAGCGCAAGCAACAGACCCACAUGGCUGUGGUGCACGAGCAAGAACUGACACGCGAGGAGCUGAAUGCCAUGACGCGCGUGCGGCACAUGAACUGCCCCGACUGUUCCUUUGCCACCUACAGUGUCCUGCAGUUCCGUCAGCACCGAGCAACACACACGGGCCGCUACCCUUUCUCCUGCACAGUGUGCGACCGGGCUUUCGCUUUCCGGUUCCAGCUGACGUUGCACAUGCGGCGACAGCACCGACCAGGCGGUCCGCUGAUGUGCCCUCACUGCCCGCGACAUUUCAUCGCUGAGGACGCCCACAGUGCGCACGUGGCCUUGCACAGCGCCUCCCAUGCCAAAGAGCUCGAGUGCACUCAAUGCAAGAGGCUGUACGAAACUCCACGACUGUUGGAGAAGCACCAUGCCUCUUUUCACAGCUCGCAGGCGACGCGCUUUACAUGCAAAGUCUGCGGCAAACGGUUCCGCACGUCCAGUGGCAUCGUAGCUCACCGUAGGGUAGCCCACCUCAAUUCACACGGUGGUACAAACGAAAAGGUGAAGCAGCCUACGUCCUCCAGAAACUGGGCACACAGACCAGGCAGAAAGUAUGGCUGUUCACGAUGGAAGUACUGCUGUGAACCCUGCAAACGCUUCUUCAAGUUUGACAGCAGUCUGCGUGCGCACCGGGUCUUCAUUCAUGGCAUCGAGGGCCAGCCUGCCGAGGAGAAGCUGUGUCCCGAGUGCGGGAAAGCCUUCCAGACUGAACUGAGUCUUGGAAUGCACUUGCGCACACACACCCAGGAGAUCAACUACAAAUGCAGUGUCUGCAGCAAGAUCUAUCACAGUCGCUGCAGCCUCAAGAAGCACAUAGCUACGGUACACCGUUCAAGUCUACGUGUAUUCUGUGCUCUCUGCAACCGGGGCUUCCUCAGCCAUGCCUCCAUGCUGCUGCAUGUUAAGUUUGCACACAAGGAUGGUGCCAAAGCUGGAGCGUCAGUUGAAGUUAUUGCCGACCGUUUGGAGCCAUCCGCAGAUGCCGCAACAUCAGUCCCAUCAGUGACAAUGGCAGAUAUAAAUGCUGAAGCAGCUGCAACCUCGGUAUCAGCCAUGUUUCCCAUUUCCAAUGCACCUCCUGUGCCCACUAUGACUUCUAUUCAAGUAGUGCCCAUGUCAACCGUCUCUUCGGUCCCACACAUGGAAGCUGCACUGAGUGGGUCUUCCGUUUCGCAUUUGGCCACUGCAACCACUGGGUCUUCAGUUCCAGGAAUUGCAGCCGUUUCCUGCGUUGUCACUGGUUCCAAAUAUGGCCUCUGUGUGCUCAGUUCCAGGAAUUGCAGCUGUGACCUCAGUGUCAGUGGUUCCAGAUAUGGCCUCUGUGUCUACUGUGUCUUCAGCUGCACGUGUGGCUUCUGCACCCAGCGUGCCUUGCGUUCCAGAGAUGGGUUCUUAUCCUGCGAUGGCCUCCGAUAACACUGAGGCUCCAGUUCAGGACCUAGAAGCAGCUGCAGACUCUGUUGCAUUAUCACCGUCCAUGACAAGUGAUAGCAUGGUUGAGUUGGAGCCAGUGCAGGAGAUCACCGAGCUGACCCGUAUGGAGCCCUGAAAGUCAUGAGCACGCAACGGUGGAGCACUUGUUUGCCAGCAUUCAGCAGCCCACGACCUCCUUGCCUGUGGUAACCGAUGGACCACCUUUGAGUGUUGGUUCAGGGCAGCACGUGUUGCACAUGCUGACUGUGUCCCAAGUUGAAGAAGUAGUCAGCGAGGUCUGUCUGCCUCAGAACAGUUCUCCAAAUGUGUGGUAGUUAAGCCAAGAAUUGUUUCCGCAAAGGCACGCAAUGUAGCCAGCUCUCUGAAUGGUUGAAGACCUUGUUCAACCGUGUAGUUCUGUGAAGGAAAACUUGCAGGGUGUGCCUUGGUAACUAUGAAGGACUCAUGACAUCACACACUUGUCGGGCCAUUGCUUUUUUUAUUUUUAUUUAUUUUUGUGAAUGUGCCAGCGCAAGUUAUUAUUAAGUGUUAACUGCUCGAAAAGUUACCCAACCACCUGUAAUGUGCAGUUUAUCCUUAGUAGAUUGUAAAGCAAGAAGAUGCAUAUCAGUAUAGACCGCUUAUAACGUAAGUCGCGGGAGUCGCGAAUAUCUGCACUAUAAGCGGUACCACACUAUAACCAAAGCAACCUUCUUUAAGGGCCGCACUUGGGCAAGAGGUUUUUAGCAUGCAGUGCAACCUCGUGUGUCCAAGAAUCGAAGCAUGCAAUGCGUGGUGCUUACAAGCAUACAAAUUUCGAAAUGUUAAAAAAAAAUUAACAUCCAAAGAUACACGUUGCCAACAAAAUGAACGCAAACGGGGAGUUGGGGUGUUCAACAAGAAACAUUAUCGCGGAAGCUCGCCAACCACUUUUCAGACUGCUUCAAUUAUGCGCAUUACAUAAAAACUAUUUCGAAUAAAGACCAGAAUUUCACGGACUGAAAGACGCUAAUCAUUCAAUUUCACAGGCCCGCACCAGACUUCGAAGCAUCGCAAUGGAAUCACAAACCACCAUUCGUGCACUACACGUGCCACCCUCGCUUUUACCAACAAUAUGUAUCCCUUCCCAUAAAGUGCAGUUACAGCAAAGAGUUUCGUUGAUUCUGUAACAAACCACAUCUUAUAAACAGCAUGCACCCACUACUAAAACGCAUCCAAAGCCGAUUAGGCGUAGUCUGCCGCUCGGUAUGUCAUCGCAGGAAGUUUAUCCAAGACAUGAAAAUCGGGCGUUGAAAAGAUUGCACUCAAGCACUGAACCAA